AUGGCUCUCCUAGUGUGGGUUUGUUUCUGCUCAUUAUUUGGUGCGGCGUUAUCAUGCGAGGCCUACAUCAAGACCAACCAAUGGCCUGGCCGCUCCGUCAUCGUGCAGAUGUUUGAGUGGAAGUGGCUCGACAUUGCAGACGAAUGUGAGAGGUUUCUAGGACCCAAAGGCUUUGGGGCUGUUCAGACUUCGCCAGCAUCAGAGAAUUUGAUUUUAAACCUAGAUGGUGGUAUAAGACCUUGGUAUGAACGCUACCAAGUGAUGUCGUACAAUCUGGUUACCCGAUCAGGGGAUGCAGCUGACUUCUUGAAUAUGACUACAAGAUGCAAUAAAGUUGGAGUCAGAAUAUAUGUGGAUGUGGUAUUCAACCAUAUGACGAUACCUCACAACGACAGUAUGGGUACUGGAGGUAGCACAGCUGAUCCUGAUACAUAUUCUUACCCAGGUGUGCCAUAUACAAAAGAACACUUCAAUUUUCCUGUAUGUGAAGUUACUGAUUAUACUAAUGCUACUGAGGUUCGAGUUUGUCAAUUGGGUGGAUUACAAGAUUUGAAUCAGACAAACCCCUACGUUCGUCAAAAGAUCACGGAAUACUUGAACAAACUAAUUGAUCUUGGUGCUGCUGGCAUUAGAGUGGACGCAGCCAAGCACAUGUGGCCAGAGGACUUGAAUGAGAUUUACAAACGUCUCAACAAUUUGAACAUGAAUCAUGGAUUCCGAAGGAACUCUAGACCAUACAUUUACCAGGAAGUAGCUAAAGAUGGUGUUGUCACCUACAACGAGUAUAAAAAUAUGGGAGACGUUACGGAAUUUACUGCUGGUGCUGAACUAGCACUAAUAUUCAGUGGUCGGAAACCUUUGAAAACUUUAGAAUCGUGGGGAACAACGGCACUGGAUAUGAUGCCCAGUGAUAACGCUGUGAUAUUCGUUGAUAACCACGAUACGCAACGCAAUGGCUUUAUACUGACUUACAAAAAUGAAACUUUGUAUAAGGCUGCAAUAGCAUUUCUUCUAGCACAUCCGUAUGGACAACCUCGAAUGACAAGCAGCUUUUCUUUCGAUUAUUUUGAUCAAGGUCCACCAGCUGAUAAUGAAGAAAAUAUUGUGUCUCCUUUUAUUAACGAGGAUGGUUCCUGUGAUGAAGGAUGGGUAUGUGAACAUCGAUGGCCAUCCGUAUACAGGAUGGUUAGAUUCAGGAACGAAGUACACAACGCCGCAUUAACAAACUGGUGGACAAAUGGCAACAAUCAGAUUGCUUUUGGUUUGAGAAGGAAAGGAUUUAUUGUGUUCAAUACAGAGAAAAGCGAGUUAAACGAAGAGCUCCAGACUGGACUUCCAGCUGGUGUAUACUGUGACAUAAUAUCUGGUCAGAAGGAAGGAAGUGUUUGUACUGGGAAGAAUGUGACCGUGUCUAGUACUGGGGCAGCAGUCAUCACAUUAUCUGGAACCGGAGAAGAACUGCAUCUUGCUAUACAUGUUGGAGAUGAGGUAUCUACCUCUCCGGAAUUUUGUAUUCCCAAAAUUAUUUUUAAUAUUUCAUGA